AAUGUACCCACCUAAAUAUUUGAAAAAAUUCUCUCCAAUUUCAUUACUUUCUUAUUGAUAUUGGUACGAAAUACAUAAUAAAUAUAGUAAUACUUUUUCAAGAUUUGUAGUGAUUGUUGCAAGAUACGAGAAUGUCACAUAACAAAAGUAUAACGUUUAUUUACGUAGCCGCCAUUGUUAUAUCAGUUUAUGGCGAGUCGCCGGCGAGUAACAUCGAAGAAACCGCAAAUAUGACUUCAAAAAUUCAUAAAGUAUUGGUGUCGUCCAAUGAUUUUCCUGCAAGUGCAGUGAAUAUUUUGAAGGAUUUUUUCACAGUAGAGCAAACAAACUUCCUGAACUUCGGCGAAGAGGGUCUCUCUAAGAAUUAUGAAGAACUGAUGAACCUCAUCCCAGGGUCCUCAGCUUUGGUGUGGGUGUCCCAUCAUCCUAUUACUACGGAAUUGUUGGAUAAAGCAGGUCCCCAACUUAAGAUCGUGGCCACAGCAUCAGCAGGGUACAACCAUUGUAAUUUAAAAGAACUGAAGAGUCGUGGUAUUCAGUUGACCAAUACGCCAAAUGUAUUAUCACCGGCCGUUGCCGAAAUCGCCAUUACGCUGAUGCUGGGAGCCGCUAGAAGAUUUACAGAAAACUUAGCUCAGGUCCGAAGUGGCGAAUGGGAAAUAGGUUUUGACAAAGUUCUCGGUCAGGAUAUCCGAGGUAGUACAGUCGGCAUCAUCGGUCUGGGCGGAAUCGGACAAGCUACCGUCAAACGGUUGGCCGGAUUCGAAGUAGCCAAGUUCUUGUACACUGGACAUAGAGAAAAACCUGAAGGCAAAGCCCUUAAUGCGGAGUUUGUGCCACUCGACACCCUUCUAUCGCAAAGUGACUUUAUAGUUCUGGCAGUGCCCUUAAACGAUGAGACGAAACAUAUGAUCAACAAAACCACCAUUGCUAAGAUGAAGAAGAAUGCUAUUGUCAUUAACAUUGGUCGGGGUGAAUUAAUUGACCAAGAAGCACUGUACGACGCGUUGAAGAACAAAGAUAUCUACGCAGCUGGCUUGGACGUCACCACUCCUGAGCCACUGCCGAAGGACCAUAAGUUACUCACAUUACUUAACGUUUUCGUACUCCCGCACAUCGGUAGCGCAACGGUGCGUACCCGCACUGAAAUGGGUGAGCUGGCUGCCAACAAUGUAGUUAACGCACUCACUGGAAAGCCACUAAUCACUCCUGUAACUCUAUGAAUUACAAAAGUAAUUACUUUUAUUGUGAUGAAUAGGUAGUAGUAGUUAGUAUAAUAGUUAGUUGUAAGAUAACUAUGGGUCUUUUAGUUAACACUAAAUUAAUUAAAGUAUGAUACAAUUUUAUUAAUAACUG